AUGUCUGAUCUCUCGUCGCAGCUUUCGGCAUUCAAGUCACGAAUCAGAAGCGGGCCUUCUGUGGCAGUCAGAAGAGCAGUCACCCCAAAACCGAGCCAGUCCACUGAAGCGCAGCAAAAUGGGAAUCUGACUACCAGUUAUGAAAAUAACGACAAGAAACGCUUUGCUCAGGACUCAUCUUUUUCGGGCAAAAAGCAUAAGCUGAACAUCAGCAUGUCUGGGUCACACCUCUCGACAAGGCUCCACUUGGCUGUGGAGUAUAUAAAGCAGCAGGACAAGCCAGUUCCCGUGGGUCAGUUGGAAAGUUACUUGGGUACAGACGUGGCGGAGGCGCUUCUCCCGUUGUUGAAGGAGAUUGACCGGAUCAAGUACGACCAAGGGACGAACACGUUGGAGUACAUGUCGUUGCACAAUAUACGCAACGCCGACGAUUUGCUCAACUUCCUUCGUCUGCAGCCAACGUUCAAGGGAAUCCCCGUUAAGGAACUCAAGGACGGCUGGUCCGGGUGUAUGGAUGCAAUACAAAGCCUUGAGGAGAGCAACCAGAUCUUGGUGCUCAGAAACAAAAAGGAAAAUGCCCCCCGACUUGUGUGGGCGAAUUUGGGCGGGGAAAUUGGGACGUUGGACGACGAGUUUGUUGAUAUGUGGAACAAGAUAAAGAUUCCUGAGCCAGACAACUUGUACCAGGCGUUGGUUGACCAGUCAUUGAAGCCCACUGGCGCAGAUCCAAAUGUUGCGAAGAAGAAACCUAAGCAACAAGAGAAGAAGCAGAAGAAAGCCAGAAGAGGCAAGAUCACAAACACCCACAUGAAGGGUAUAUUGAAGGAUUACUCUCAGCUUGUUUAA